UUUGCUUGCUAAAUCAGUUUGGCAGUUAAAAGGCUCUAUGCAUGCACAGCGCUUGAUUCAUACCUUGGCGAAAGGUGUAGGGUGCUGCGAGCUGCAAGCUGCACUGCAUGGAUCGUUUUUCAAAUACGUUUGAGGCCCUGCUGGCUGCCCUGGCGGACGCCGUCAAGCAGCUGGGAGAAGGCAGCCAACAGCCAUGGGCCCGUACGCGCGUGGAGGAGGCCAAGCAGGAAUUCGUCAACUGCUGCGAUGUCAUGUGCUUCCACAUGAAGCAAGCGGUGGAGAUCAUUCGUCAGGAAAUGGUGCAGCAGCUGUCGUCCUCGGGUCAGACACACGCCACCGCCAUGGACGCUGAGCAAGUACGGCAGAUCUUGGAUGCCGCGGAGGUGUUCGCGGCGCAGCUGCGUGAUCCAGUGGCGGCUGCCGCAGCCGCCACUGCUGCUGCUGGUGCAACUGCAGUUGCUACUGCUGCCGCCGCCGCAGCGGUGGCGGCGGCGGGGAGAUCCGGGCCCGCUGGCUCAGGGCCGUACAUGAUGGCUCCGCCGGCGGCGCAACUGCCUCAUCCAGGAGCCACCGACCCAGCGGCUGCGGCGGCAUCAGCCGUACAGAGCGGCGCCGUCGGCGUCGUGGGAUAUCCGCAGCCGCCGCCGCCGCAGCAGCAGCAGUACCAACAGGGCAUGGGGGUUUACAACGCGUACAUGUAAGAUGACGUUUCGGAGCCAAACUGUAGCUUUUUACAUGCGGGUGUGUCUGUAUGUCUGUAUGUGCUGAAACGAAUGUGGAGUGUCUGUCUGUAUGUCUGAUCAAGAUGUGCGCAAGAUGCAUUAGAGGGAAGUGCGGGGGAGGGGGGUACCCGAAGGAGAGGGAAAAUGAGGGUGAGUUUGCGUUGCUUGUAUGAAUACUGUGCGAACGAACCUGUGGCUGCUGCGAGUUGCUCACUGCCGCACUGCCUGACGUCAAAUGUGUGGCAGUAGCAGCAGUGUGGAGCAGGAACAGCGGACCGUACUCCCCAACUGUGAGAGCCUACCUGGUCACUUAGACGGAUUUGGCGACUAAUUCACUUAUGAAGGUGUUGAUAAACACCGGGGGUUUCCGAGGGGUUUUAUAGUCGCUUGCACCCGUCUGAGGCGCUCGGGAUAAGAUGCCGUACAAUAGUAGAUAUUCCUGCAGAAGAGAGUCGCACCUUCCAAAGAAGAGUUACGAUACAGGUCUGGCCGUGAACGGGCAGAUGUGUACAAGAUUGUGUACGGAAUCGAGUAUGUGUACGGAUCAUUACAGCCAUAGCCGUAGUCAUGUACUGCUUAGUACGGCUAUAGUCGAAAAAUGACUAAGAUAGUUGUAUGUACUGUGUGUACGAUAUUCGCCCCGACGAUGGAAUGAUAAGAAGGAAUGGAGUCCCUACUCGGAAAUAUCUUAAAAGCCCUACUCGGAAAUAUCUUAAGUCCUGAGCCAGGCUCUUACAUUAACCGCCACCCCCACCCCCACCGGGGGAGCUGGCUGAUUCUAUUAAAGAAAACGCCUGGCCUUCUGUAGCUCGCAACGAAGUGAACCGGCCCAUCCAUGAAUGAGGUUCGUCCCACUGAUUGCGGAAAUCAACACGUAAUGAGAAAGAAUGCAGAGCCCCAAGCCUGAGCGGAACCUGAUUGACCUGUGAACAUGGUUCAACUGUGUUUUCUGUGGGACGUUGAAAAAGGCGUUCGUCGAGGUUGUGGCGAGGAUAUAAGCUCUGUCUUUUUUAUUGACUAUUUCAAAGCGUACCGUACGACGUACGACCGUACGAUGGGUGAUACUCACCGCUUGAUAUUGGGGUGGGAAUUAAACAUGUCAUCUACUGCUUCUGCGGAGGAAGCUCGAACUAAUGUAAGACGACUGGCAUCG